GUUCUUAACCAGUAAAUAAAAAUGACAAUGGAGUUCAGCAAUCAGUAUGUUGACCCAAAUGUUCCUGCUAUGUACAACAGUCAAGCUCAUGAUGGAGGGGAAUACCAAUUGGUGCAGCAAUUGAUGGCUGAUCGCAGCAACCACUUUGGUGUUUCUACUCUACAUUUUGACACACAUGAGGAACUUCUUUGGUCAGGAUCAGGAGAGGGGCAUAUAACAUCCUACCAUGGCCAGCAUAUGCAGAAAUACACAUCUUUCCACAUCCACGCUACAGAUGCAAUACGCCAGAUGGCUUCAUUAGAGGGUCGUGUACUUGCACUUACUAAAGAUCAAUUAAGGUGCUCUGUUAAAGAAGGUAGAACGGUGUUUGAUUUCAGGGGUGAAAAUGUUGAUGACAUGCAGUGUAUGUUAGUCAGGAGCCCCACAUCUCUGCUCUUAGGUGGUCAUCAUACCCGCCUCAUCAACCUUGACCUUACAACUGGCAAAGCAAUCAAACAGGUUGAAGUCAGUGAGCCUGGCUGUGCCAUCAUGCGACAACUAAAGAACGUAGUAUAUGUUGGCGACUCAAGUGGACGAGUGACAUUGAGAGAUGAUAGAGCCUGGGACACAUUGAAUGUAAUCGAGGCACAUUCUGCGUCAUUGUCAGACUUUGAUGUCCAUGGUAACAUGCUGGUUACAUGUGGAUUUGGAAGCAGGAUGGGUAAUAUGGCAGUUGACAGGUUUCUGAUGACCUAUGAUCUUAGAAUGAUGAGAGCCCUAGGCCCUGUGCAGAUGAUGUAUGACCCAAUAUUUGUGAGGUUUAUCCCUGCAUACUCCAGCAGAUUGGUUGUAGUGUCCCCAAUGGGGCAGUACCAAAUGAUGGAGGCUGGUAGCCAGCCAACAGGGGAGAUCUUCCAGAUAGAUACUAUGGGACAGAUGUGUACAGCAUUUGAGGUUGCCUCAACAUAUCAGUCCAUGUGUUUUGCUGAUGCUGGGGGAUUCUUACACCUUUACUCUAGCACUCCUGAAGCCACAUACAACAGUUACUCUACACCAACUGAAUUCCCACAACCUCCAAACCACAUCGACCCUAUCCCCAUAACAGAUGAGCAUGCAUCUUUGGCUAGUGUCCCUAUGUUCUACCCUUCAACUGGGAAGUUGUUCUCAGACUGGCCAGAACACCUUGGUCAAAGAGUAUACAGAAUAGCUAAGCCUAUAGACAGCCAGUUGUUACAAUUUGUUAAAAUGAUACCAGGCAGUAACAGUGGCUAUGCCCCCAACAUCCCUGGUACACGUAUACGUAACCUAAUGCCAUACAAGAGUGACAAUAAAACAGAUAGCAGUAAGAACAGAUCUACUGUACCAGACUCCCCCAUGGGUAGAGGGGAUGAUCCAUUUGUUGUGGUGCCAAAACGUUAUCGACAAGUAGAGAUCAAAUACUCCAAGCUUGGAGUAGAAGACUUUGACUUCAGGCAUUAUAACAAAACAAACUUUGCUGGACUGGAGACACACAUUCCCAAUGCUUACUGCAAUUCAAUGCUGCAGGCUCUGUAUUUUGUGGAGCCACUACGAUGCUACCUGUUAAGUCAUACAUGUGACAAAGAGUUCUGUCUGUCUUGUGAGCUAGGGAUGCUAUUCCAUAUGCUGGACUUACAGAAAGGCCAGACAUGUCAGGCCAGUAAUUUUCUGCGAGCAUUCAGGACAAUCCCAGAGGCCUCAGCUCUUGGUUUGGUACUGGGAGAUGCUGAAGAGAUCCAGGGGAAAGUGAACUUCCCUCGUCUUAUACAGAGUUGGAACAGAUUCAUCCUUCAACAAGUGCAUGCAGAAACACAAGAUAAAGAAGAAGAGGCAGGUGAUGAUGGGGAACUGAACAACACCAGAGGCUCCACAUCCUCUGAUACUCUCAAUAUUAACAUAGGAGACACACCCAAGAAUGAGAGUGAGGACUCUAUUAUCAGUAAGCUGUUUGGCAUGGAAGUGAAGAACACAUUCAGAUGUCGCUGUGGGGUUGAGACAUUAAGAGAGACAAUGUCUACAAUUGUCAGCCUCACAUACUAUGAUUCCUCAGGUGAAGGAAAUCUGAAGCCAACAACAUUCAGUCAAGUACUACAGAAUUCUAUGUCAAGUGAACAGACCACACAGGCCUGGUGUAACAAAUGUCAGAAAUAUCAGCCCCAUGUGCAGUCUAAAUGUCUGAAGGCCAUGCCUGAUAUAAUGGCCAUUAAUUGUCACCUUGAUAACGACAGUGACCUUCAGUUUUGGCAAUAUCAGGAGCAGGUUGUUAAAGAAAGUAUUGUACCAGAGGAAAAAGUGGAAGCUUUCCCCAGCAAGCCAUGUAGAUUUGGAAAUGGAUGCACUCGUAAAGGAUGUCACUUCUUCCAUGAGAGAGAUAAGGACAAGAGCAGUGCUGACAUGGAUAUGAACCUGUUGUCUACAGAGGACCCUGCCAGACCCUCCUGGCUGCCAUUUGGUGUAAUGGUCAAGACAACAGAAGAAGGAGAUAUACAAAUGCAGGAUAUAAUGGAUGAGGAGGAAAUCCCUAUUGUAGCAGAGGAGGGUACAGUCUAUUACCGCCUACAUGGAAGUGUGGCUCACAUAAAGGAGGCCAAAUCUGGAGGUCACCUUGUCAGUCAUGUGAAUGUUCGUGAGCCCUACCAUCAACGCAAGGAGAGGGUCACAUGCACACAGUGGUACCUUUUUAAUGACUUUUCCAUCACACCCAUUGAAAAGUAUGGUGCUGUCCACUUUGACCUUGACUGGAAGGUUCCGUGUGUAAUAUAUUUUGUCAAAGUGAAUCUCAGUGAAAAAUAUGAUCUGACAGUUCAGAAUCCUAUGGACUCGAAAGUGCUGUUUGUUGAGGAGAAUUUGGUGACACCACGUCGUAAAAGAGUGACAUUCACUCCACUUGCCGAUGACGAAGUCCCCAAAGAUGGAGACCUUGUGGGAUUAGAUGCAGAAUUUGUAACACUGAAUCAGGAAGAGGCUGAAUUGCGCAGUGAUGGUACCCGCUCAACAAUCAAACCCUCCCAAAUGUCUGUUGCCAGGAUCUCAUGUAUAAGGGGACAUGGUGCACUGGAGGGAGAGGCCUUCAUCGAUGACUACAUAUCAACACAAGAGCAGGUGGUUGAUUACCUAACCCAGUUCUCUGGUAUACAACCAGGUGACCUGGAUGCCACACUGUCCUCAAAGCAUCUCACCACCCUAAAGUCCACAUACUGCAAGCUACGCUAUCUUAUUGAUGCUGGGGUCAAGUUUGUUGGACAUGGACUGAAGAAGGACUUCAGAGUCAUCAACAUUGUGGUACCCAAGGGCCAGGUGGUGGACACAGUUGACUUGUUCAGACUCCCCAGACAGCGUAUGAUCUCACUGAAAUUCCUUGCUUGGUACUUUUUAAAGACAAAUAUACAAUCUGUAACCCAUGACUCUAUAGAAGAUGCCAAGACUGCGCUGAAGCUUUAUAAGCGCUACAUGGAGAUAGAGGCACAGGGUCCCGAUAGCAUCAAAGAGACUUUGAAAAGCAUGUAUGAGAAAGGACGUGCACUCCAAUGGAAGAUUCCUGAGGGCGAGGAUAGUCCAACUACAGCUGUUGAGACACCACCCUCAUCCACAUAAUUGUAACUGUUAGAUACAGGACAGAAUAUCAUAUAAGUCUCGAAUCAAUUUUCUAGAGCUUUCUGUCUACUUCACUAUUGAUUUUGCGGUGAAAUGUUGGACAAAGGGGCUUGAAGCAAAACUUCCCUCUGGGAAAUUACUAGAUUUGGGUUAUAGCUUUAAUCUUUAGACUAAAUUAAAGAUGACCAGAAUGUCUUAAUAAAUGAUGGAAUAUGCCAAAUAUGGUCUGGAAAAUAUUCCUGAAUAUCAUACAGUCAUUAGGCAAAAGGGAGACUCAAUUGGAUGGAAUAUGUUACAAAGACUGCAUUACCCAAGCUCCAUAGACUAUGGAAAAUCAAAUUGGGUUCUAAUAAGAAAUUAUUAUAUGAUUGCUAUCCUUUUUAAUGAAAUUCACUAUUUUACAAAUUUAAUAGGUCUAUUAGACAUCUUGUUACAGAGCCUUAUUAUGGAUUGAAAUAUAGAAAUGAAAAAUGGUGUCACUGGAAGACAAAUUAAUGAAUUAUUUAUGAAAUAAAAGGACA